GAUAUGGCGAGUCAUCAGCACAGCCACUGCGGAGAUAGCACCUGCAACCACGACCAUGGGACCUCGGGCCAAGUCGAUGGCGAAGAGGACUUCCAUGAAUUCCUGGAAGAGACGCACCCUUGCUGUCAAAAGGACAGCGAAGCCAAGGCUAGAGCGUUAAAGCUGCGGUCGGCCCUGGACAAGGUGGACCUCAGUCAGAUCGCCGAGCGAGCGAGGAAGGCGGCGUUUUCAUCGGGGUUGGCGGGGCCGCCGGCUUCCCGCAGUGGCGGGGGUGACUACCCGGCGUUGAGAGAGGCAAGGGCCGCCGCCGCCGCUGCCGCUGCCAAAGAUUCUCGCAAUGACGGUGCGGCUCGUGGGGCGGGGUACGGAGAUGGAAUAGUCGAGGGCCACAACAACCACAGCAGAGUCGACAGCGACGAUGACGAUGACGAUGACGAUGACGACGAUGAUUUGGACUACCUGCUGGAUGACCCAGAAAUCACGCGCAUGGCACAGAUGCGAGUGGAAGCGAUGCAUGCCGACGCGACAAGAUUGCAAAACCUACGCGCCCUUGGUUUCGGUCUCCACAUCGAGGUACCAGAAUCAGGCGUGGAAGAGGCGUCUCGAGGCCAGUUCAGAGGAGCAGGCGUGGUUCUACACCUGUACGACGCAGAUUCGGAGCUCGGGGCGUCUCUAGACCUUCUGUUGGAGGCCAAGGCGGGGUCCUACAUGGGCACGAGGUUUGUGCGCUGUCGCCUGGGGCCGGAGUCUGCCGUGGCCGCGACGAUGAGGAUCAGAAGGGUGCCAGCGCUGGCGUGCUACAAGGGAGGGGUACGGACGGCCUACACCGAGCAACUAUCCCAGUUCGGAAACUCGGAUGGGGUAGACCCGGGGGCUGUCGAACGCUGGCUCGUGGCAUCGGGAACGCUAGAGUUCGAUCCCCCCGACGCGAACGCACUAUGCGAGGGCGGUGGGUUAGGGGUGGUGGGUGAUGAUGGAGACGGGGACGAUGAGGAGUCGGCGGAGGCGAGGUACGACUGCGGGCUCGACGGCUGCCACAAGGCGUUCAAGCACGACCACUUCCUCGCCGCCGGAGGGGGAGGGCUUCCGAAAGGCUUCGGGGAGGGCGUUUGAUUCACGAGCCCUCGCGUGUCGUGAGAAUGAAUAAUAUUGUUCGGAUGUGACACCGAGUGUUGUCGCGCUCAUGUGUGCAGCGAGGACAUUCCGA